UUUUGUCAGGUUUGUGAUAUGAAAAACACAGCAGCCCCUAACACAGGGGAUUGUUUAAAAUAGGCCUUAAAGUGCCUCCAUAAAUGCAUCGCCAAAAACGGCCUGCUGUAACAGUACUGAGCGCCCGGUACAAAACCCUGAUAUCGAUUUGGUCGCUUUGAGUAAAUCUUAAAUAUCGAAUGUUUGCGAGAGCUCGCUUGACAGUUCUGUGUGGUUAAUGCUGUGGCUGCCUUCCGAGGGAAUCAAAGUGCCAAUUGUUUGAAUCGCUACAGUGCGGAAUCUGUACGGGGAGGAAGAAACAAGUUCUUUUUGUUUCCUUCAAAACCCGCUGCAUCAGUUGAGAUGUAACGCAGUUGUCAUUUGCCGAGAGGGAUAGAACUGCAGGGUUUCGAAGGAGUUUGAAUAGUGGGCUCUUGGAAACGGUGGAAAAAAAAAACCUUUAUUGGAAUUGAUUUUUCCCCCUCUCCUUCUUCUGUGCAUGAUAAUCAAGUCUUUCUGUUUAGAGAUGUUCCUGUACUUAGUUUGUGUUUCCGAAGCAUUGAUAACUUCAAAUGAACCUAUUCUUGCUUUGUUUUCCUACAGGAACUUUGACACUAUCAUUUUGCUUGAGUGAGAAGCUAAUGUUUUGCUCUCUUAAAUAAAAUGAAAUAUAUACUUCAAAUUCAGUGGUCCAGUUGUAACACAGGACAAGAAAUUCAUUUUGAAUAAAUAUGCAGCAGUUCAAUACCAAAAUGGUUGACUGCUCUGCACUUGACUAUUUUUCUGUGGUUUAGUUCUAAAUCUAUACAAGGUGUGUUUUUCUUUGUUUUUGUUUUUUAAUUAAUGUGUAACGGCACUGCAUAAAGAAUGACAGGGAAGUUGAAGCUUCAUCACAUCAGUAAUUCCCAAAGAUACUCUAAUUUUAAGAAAGAGGUACAGAGAAGUCACUAUUAACAGGAGACAGUGAGAUUAUUUAUCUGCUGUGCUGUGCAUUGCCUGGUGAUGGUUUAAAAAAUAUCUGAAAGGCUCAGUACCUUUAGCUGACGCUGUGUUGAAAAUAACAGGCCUUCAGCUGGGAGAAUGAGUUUUUUUCCCUCCCCUUAUUUAAAAAAAAAAAAAAAGGCAAAAACCAUACCAAAACCACUUCUUUCCUUCUUUUCCUUGUAUUUGGCUCAUGGUGGCUGGUAGGGAAGGACGGAGUUCUGUCCCCUGCUUCCACCUUCUUCCACCCUCCCUCCCCCAGGAAUCGAGGUAUGAGGUAGGGAGCUUGAUGGAAACAGUCAAGUACUUAACUACAUAAAAGCAUUUACCGUUUUUAUUUUGUAGUGCUGCACCCGUUGAUUUUUCAGCCUAUGGGGACACAAAGGAUUAGCUUGUGGUAACUAGUUUAAAGUAAUCUGUAGGGUGCUGCAGAAUUUAUCAUCUAAGGCAGGAUUUAAAUAAGGCUGUAGGUAACACCACAUUUACAUUCAGGAGCUGGCUUCUUAAAUAUGUGCAUUUCUGGAAUAUUUUCUUAAAAGUUAUUGUUGCUUUUUUUCUUUUUGCUCUGGUCUCCAAAGCAAAAGAAAAAUGGGGAAAAAAAAAAAAAGUAGUUUGGGCUCCGAUAGGUUACUGGGAAUCUGAUGUGCAGCAGUUGACUGACAAGAAAGGUUUUGUUCCGUCUUGGUCUAGUAAAAGCUGGAUGUUUUCCUCAAGGAAGACCUCGGGUCGCUUUCGGAUGGCAGCUCAGGUAGGAGGUCAGCCACUUUGGAGUCAUAAAGCUGCGUGGAAGAGGCUGGCACAACUUCUCCCAGCAAGCGUCCCUGGAGACUUCAAGGGAACAAAGAGCAGUCAGACACCGCCUGAGCCUCAGCGUGGGAGGAGCUGUUGCCCAGCUGCUGAUGCCAGGUCGAAGCCCUUGCUCCUGGGCAGUGGGAUUGUCCUUCAUCUGUUGCGUGUUGAGUGCCCGUUUCAAAAUCGGCGUGUGAUGGGACGCGUGGGUUUAGUGAGUGCGCAAGGGGAAGGGACUCUUGCAGGUUGCCACAGUUAGCGUAACUCCCCGUACGAGGUGCUCGUCUAACGUAGGAAGUUAAUUGCUAAGUAGAGAACACAGCUCUUAGCCACUUAACUUCAAAGGAGCAGAGUCCGGGAAGGGGUGUGUGUGUAACCACAAGCGUCUUUUAUCCCGUUUUGUAAAAUUUUCAUGGCUGGCUUAUUAAGUAAAUAACAACGUAAUGAAGAGCAGAGGUUACCUGAAGUCAGUUUGUGAACUAGUUCUUUUUAAGAGCUAUGCAGCAUUUAGAAAGUUGCCUUACCAUAAUCCCAUAAUUAUGCCCUAAUUGGAUUCUUCCAGGUAUAAUUACAUGCAUCGUGUAUGUGCGUGCGUUUUUUUCCUAGGAGAUCUGUCAGAGCUGACCCAGCGUCCUUCUCCCAUCUCCACGUAACAUUUGGUCUUUGAAUGCUCCACCUCUGACAGUGGAUUGUAGGAGGUAGCAGAUAAAACCUGCAGAAGGAAUAGAAAGCCAGGACCUGAGCUGAAGGGCUGGGCACCACACCCACGGCAUCGAGCUUGUUGCAACCGUCUCUUUGAUCAUAGCAAACACGUGUGCAGAGAAGCUGAAACGCUGCAGUGUACCGUUGGGCAGGACAGACAAGGAAUGAGCCAGCCUUGGGAAAGAGGACCUGCCAUCCUAGCUGGAGACAUCUGAAGAGAGGACAUCUUAGUCUCGUGGCAUGCGUCAGUAGAAAUUACCCAGAGAAACAUGUGUUCGUAAGAUGCAUAAAGCAGUGAAGGCUUUUACUGUAACAUGAGGGAUUUUCUCUUGAGGAUGGCUGGCUGUGGUGAAAUAGAUCAUUCGAUCAACAUGCUUCCCACAAAUAGGAAGACAAAUGAGUCAUGUGCUAAUGCAGCACCUUCCCUGACAGUCCCUGAAUGUGCUAUCUGUCUGCAAACGUGUGUCCAUCCAGUAAGUCUGCCUUGUAAACAUGUUUUCUGCUAUCUGUGUGUGAAGGGAGCUUCUUGGCUUGGGAAACGAUGUGCGCUCUGCCGGCAGGAGAUUCCAGAGGAUUUUCUCGACAAGCCAACCUUAUUGUCACCAGAAGAACUCAAAGCAGCAAGCAGAGGCAACGGAGAAUAUGCUUGGUACUACGAAGGUAGAAAUGGUUGGUGGCAGUAUGAUGAACGUACCAGCAGAGAGCUGGAAGAUGCCUUUUCCAAAGGUAAAAAGAGCACUGAAAUGCUGAUUGCUGGGUUUUUAUACGUAGCAGAUCUUGAAAAUAUGGUUCAGUAUAGGAGAAAUGAGCACGGACGCCGCAGGAAAAUAAAACGGGACAUUAUAGAUAUUCCAAAGAAGGGAGUGGCUGGGCUUAGGUUGGACUGUGACGCUAACACUGUCAACCUGGCGAGAGAGAGCUCCGCUGACGGUGCAGACAGCACAGCGACCCCGGGGGCUGCAGCCGUACAGCCCCUGGUGCCCGUUUCUGCUAGGCCCCUGCCGUCACUCGAUGGUCAGCUGAUGAGUCCUUCAACACCAUCGCCUGAUGCAAGCACUUCUCUAGAAAACUCUUUUGCCCAGUUGCAAAUAAAUGGAGACAGUAUGGCCGAAAGGAGCCACAGGGGAGAGGGAGAGGAAGACCACGAAUCAUCAUCGUCCGGUAGGGUGCCAGCCCCUGACGCCUCUGUGGAGGAGACCGAAUCGGAUGCUAGCAGCGAUAGCGAGGAUGUGUCUGCCCACCUCCAGCAACAUCCAUCCUCUGCCCAGCAGAGACACUUGAAUGCAAACGCAAACCAGUCAGGAGUGGAUAGACCAGUGGCAGGGGGAGGGGUGGUAAACGCAAGCGUAAGGUCUAGAAGGCCAGAUGGACAGUGCACAGUCACUGAAGUUUAAAUCUGGAGCCAUGCGAUUGAAAAACUCAGUCCCGUAUCUGUAAAUUUUCUGUCCACAUUGGCAUUGCACUCAAACCUAGCAGUGUGUUUGGUGGGAGGGUGGGGUGAAGGGGAGAACCAGAUUUGGCCUAACUUAAGUCUCUUAACAUGUCUCAGCUGGAAGACUAACUGUAAGAAACUGGGUCGUCCUGUUAAUGGUUUGAAAGCUGCUUAGCAAUACCCAGUUUUCUUGAAAAUGUCUUGUGUUUAUUUUGUAGCAUCCUCCCCUUGGAGAUACUCGGUCCCUUUUUGGCCAAUGUAUAUCUACUGUACAACUUGAAUUGUUUUCAUUAUCUGACUGUUGCAUUAAGUGUCUUACUACUUUCUGCAUGGAUUGAUGUAUGAAAAGAACACUAAAGCAAUGCGGGAGCAGGCAAGAUGUUGGGUGUGAGCAGGAUGCUUAAUUUAAUGUGAGAAAAUAGAUGUGAGUUUGGAGUUAAAAUGUGUUUUUACUAGACAAAGAGCAAUCAUUUACCUUCAAUGGAAAUGUAAAAAUGCUGUUAACUUUUGUUGCAAAUUCUUACCUAUACACUUCAUGGCAUUUUCACUGGCUUUGCCAUCUAGUCCUUGUAGUUCUGUUUUUGAGGUCUUUCUUGAUCUGUCUCGUUUUUGUUACGGAAUUUAUAAUUUAAUAAAAUUACAUUUUACCAGUAACAAUCUUA